GCCUCCCGGGCAGUGAUUGGAACCCCUUCGGUACCACAAAGGGUCUCCCUCCUGAGCGCGCAGAUGUGGUCAUCGUGGGGGGAGGGGUGAUGGGCUGGUCCGUCGCCUACUGGCUGAAGGCGCUAGAGCCCCAGAGAGAUGCACUCCGAGUGGUCGUGAUUGAGAAGGACCCAACGUACUCGCAAGCCUCCACGGUGCUCUCUGCGGGAGGGAUUCGGCAGCAGUUCUCCUUGCCAGAAAACAUCCAGAUGUCCCUCUACUCAGCGUUCUUCCUGCGCACGAUCAACGAGCAUUUGGGGGUUGUGAACGAGCCGCCCAUAGAUAUUCAGUUUAACCACUCGGGGUACCUCUUCCUGGCCUUGGAAGACAGAGCUGCGGAGUUGGAGGAGAACGUGCGCAUUCAGAGGACCGAAGGAGCUGAGGUCUCCCUUCUGUCACCAGCACAACUGAAGAAGAAGUAUCCCUGGAUAAAUACCGAUGGUGUGGCUGUGGCAUCCUACGGCCUAGAAAAUGAGGGUUGGUUUGAUCCUUGGUCCCUCCUCAAUGCCUUCAGGAGAAAAGCAAUGUCCAUGGGCGUCUGUCAGUGCUUCGGAGAAGUGGUGUCCUUUACCAUCUCUUCCCGAGAAAUAAUGACGCCUGAGGGGGAGCUGACCUUCUCCCGCAUUAAUUAUGUCCGCGUCCAAAUGCCCAACAGUGUGGAGUACCAGCCAGUGGAGUGCUCCCUGGUGGUCAAUGCAGCUGGUCCCUGGUCACAGAAGCUGGCCGAGAUGGCCGGCAUUGGGAUCGGACCACCCAACACCCAAGAAGGGAUCAAGCUACCAGUGGAGCCCAGGAAAAGGUAUAUCUUUGUGUGGCACUGUCCCGAUGGGCCCGGCCUGGACUGUCCCAUGCUGGUUGACACCACGGGGGCUUAUUUCCGCCGGGAAGGCGUUGGAGGCAACUACUUGGGAAGCCUCAGCCCGGCAGAGGAGGAAGAGCCAGACAUCCAAGACCUGGAAGUCGAUCACAAUUUCUUCCAGGAGAAGAUCUGGCCCUAUCUGGCCCAUCGGGUGCCAGUGUUUGAGUCCCUGAAGGUGAAGAGUGCCUGGGCUGGCUACUACGACUACAACACGUUUGACCAGAACGCUGUGCUGGGCCCGCACCCGCUGGUGGAGAACAUGCUCUUCAUCACGGGGUUCAGCGGGCACGGGUUGCAGCAGUCGCCAGCGGCGGGCAAGGUUCUGGCCGAGCUCAUUCUGAAUGGCAAGUUCAGCACCACCCACAUGGAGAAGUUCUCUUUCAACAGGUUCGUCUCUGGGGAGCAGGUCCUCGAGAGGAACAUUGUCUGAGACCUUGGAACUAACCACCCAGCAGUGGAACAGAAUUGAAGUCGGGGGUCUGCACGGCCCAGAGAAGGAAGAUCAAAGCUAUUCCAGAGGUGACAGAUCACAAAUGGGUGAAACACACGCUGCUGGUCUCCCGUGACUGGCACAGCAUGGCCUGGACGCUUGGGCUGUCUAACAGCUGAGCUGCUGCCAAACCCUGCCUGGUUUGAGAUGGGCGUUCCCUGGGAAGUGGCCAUUGCUGGCAGUGGUCACCCCUGCCUUGGGCUGGGAACCAGCAGGGCCAGGUGGCUGCUAUCUAGAACUCUACCCCCGCUUUGAGCCCCUCCUUGCGCUGCAGGGAGCUGGGAGAAGAGGAGUGUGAUGCCUGGGGGCCACAGUGGGUGAGUGGGGCAGGGGAAGGAGGAGUUUAGAAUGGGAAAUAGCUCCCAGCUGCUGUCCCAUCCCAAAAGUGCUGCGAUCCUCUAGGAGGGGAGUGGGGGCAGAUGACCCAGGAGGGCUGUGCCCCCCACCUACCUCACUGCAAGCCUGCGCUGCCUCUGUGCAGCUCCAAUUGCACAUCAGAGAUUUGUGUCAGAUCCUCACUUGUGAUUUGUACUGAAAUAAAGUGAUGAUGCAGCAAGGGGCUGUGACGG